CAUGGCUUCCGCGGGUUAGUGAUCAAUUGAUACAACCGCUUAUAAAAAAGUUGAUUAAAUUAUUAAACUAUUUAGUAACCGUUACAUAAAAAAAUUUUGUCAUUACUUGGAAAAAUAAUAAAUAUAAAAACUUAAUUAUCAGGAUAAUUAAUACAAGUCUAUUGACAUCACAAUAAACAUUGUAAUAAUAAUAUAUUAACGUCAAAGUUGUUGUGUAUUAUUUUUUUUCACAUAGAUAAAUAAUUAAAUUGGCUCUGUGAAUUUCCCAAGUAUUUAAUUGACAAUUGUCAUUGUCAAUAGUUUAAGUUACAAUGGAUUCAUCUGAUGAACAUGAUUUACCAAUUUGUGAAAGCCUUGAUUUAAGUGGACAAGGAUUAAAAAAAUUAAGUCGUUGUCCAUCUGAUGCUGACAUAAGUACUCUGAUUGUCGAUGACAAUGAAUUACAACGACUUGAUAAUCUUGAUUCUUAUCAUCGAAUCACAAAGUUGUCAAUUGCAAGAAAUCAAUUACUACGAAUGUAUGGUGUAACAAAAUUACAUAAUUUAGUUACACUUAAUUUAGCAAAUAAUGGAAUUCUCACAAUUGAAGGUAUCAAGGAUAUGCCAAAUUUAACAACUUUAUGUUGGUCAAUUGAGCAUCUUCAUACAAACACAAAGCUAGAACAUUUGGAUUUAUCAGAAAACAGCAUUAGUCAUAUUUCAGAUAUAUCCUAUCUUCGUAAUCUCAAGGAAUUAUUUUUACACAACAAUCGUAUUAUAACAUUACGACAGUGUGAAAGAUAUCUUCCAACGUCAAUUGAAACUUUGACACUGGCAAAUAAUAAUAUAACUGAUUUAAAUGAAAUGUCACAUCUUGGUGGCUUGACAAAUCUUGUUAAUUUUUCAAUAGCCAAUAAUCCAUGUGUCAGUCUUUCUGGUAAUACAUCUAGUGGAUUUGAUUAUCGUCCAUUUGUUAUAAAUUGGUGUAUGAGUCUUAAAUCAAUUGAUGGCUAUGCUGUGGAUCCAAUUGAGAGCUUAAAAGCCGAGUGGCUUUAUUCCCAAGGUCGUGGUAGACAAUUUCGUGUUGGUGAACAUUCACCACUUGCCCAAUAUCUUGCAUCAGUUUGUCCAUUAUCUGGUGAAUCACUUGAAAAUGAGACUGAUAGAAAAUUGAGAUUAAUAUUGAGCAAAGCACAGCAUCAUCAAAAACAAUUGAGUCAACAAAGUGAUUCUGGAAUGAGUUCAUCACCAGCAUCAGCAAGAAGAAGGCUUGGUUCUGAUAGAACAAGUUCACCAAGACGACCCAGAUCAAUUGAAUUAGGUCUGAGUCGAAAUUCAAUGAGACAACGAUCACCCGACAGAAUGGUGGCAAGUUGUCACACCGAGACUAUGGCAACAUCUUGUCAUGCUGGACUGACUGAUAAUCAUGAUGGCCUGAUGACACAAAGUCUUGAUCCAAAUAUGCUUUGCAGUAGUAGUAAUUUUAUCAGUAAAGGAAAAGAAUCAAUAUUACAAGAUGUCGAAGAAACAUCAAGUCCAUUACAAGCAGCAACAAAACUUGUACCUGUACCAGAAUCUUUAAUGAGUCCUGAUUUUCGUCCACCAUCUGGACUAUGUCGUAUACUACCAAAAACACCACCAAGUCGUAUUAAAUCACCAGUUCAAACAUCAACAAUACCAACAAAAAUUUCAUCAUCAUCAUCAUCAUCUGAACAAACAAGUAAAAUAACAUCAACAAAUAAUCAUAAUUUAACAUCAAAAACAUUAUCAAAUACACUGAUGAUGAAAAAUAAUUCAACAACAACAACAACAACAAAUUGUACCAAUAACAACAAAGAUAAAACAACAAUAACAAAACCAAUUGUUAUAAAUUCAAAUGGUAAAUGUCCACAAACAGUUAAAUUAAAUAAUUAUGUACAAAGUAAAACAAUGACACCAAAAAGAAGUCAAAAAAAUUCACCAAAUAUGUCAAGAUCAAUAACGGCUCAACAACAAAAAUCAAAAAUACCAACUGAUCAACAAAAACCAUUACGUAUUGGUAAUGGUCCAAAAAAAUAUAAAGAAUUAGAUGAUAUGAAUAAUAUAAUAGGAAUAAGCUCAGAUGAAGAUAGUGAAGUUUGUCAUUCAAAAUUAGAUGGUAUACGUAAUCGUGCAAUUCAAAGACGUCAAGAAGAUACAAAUAAAUCAGAUGAUCAAAUUGAAAAAGCAGCAAUUUGUAUACAAAAAUUAUGGCGUGGUUAUCAUACACGUAAUUUAAAUAAAAAAUCAACUAGUGUAUUGAAAACAAUUGAAAUGAUACGAACAAAUAAAUAUAUACAAAAAUUAUCAACAGAUAUGGAAGCAACAAGAACAGCAUUAGAAAGUGAACAUAAACUUCAAUUAUUACAAAUGCAAGCAAUAAAUGCAUUAUGGAAAAAAGUUGUUAGUUUACAACCAAAUGAUAAAACACAACAACAAAAUAAUAAUCAUAAUAUUAAUCAACAUUCAGAUGAUGUUGUUGUUAAUUUAGCACAAACAUGUAAUUUACUUAAUGCACAAGUACAACAAUUACAAGCUUCAAUGAGUGAAAUAAAACGUUGCAUGACAACAAUGCAACAACCAUCUAAAGGGGUUAAUCAAAUUGAUCAGGGUGUUGGUACACAAACUGAAAUAUCUGCUGUUCAUACACCAGCCGGUGAAGAAAAUACAUUUCCAUAUGGUAAAAAUAUUGUUGUUAAUAAUAGACCACAAUCAUUAUCAAUACAACAAACAAUUCAUGAAGUUCAUGAAAAAUCUAAAAAUCUUAAUGACAGUGGAUUUAAAAAAAUAUCACAAUCAACUGAUACAACUGAUGAUGAAAUUAAUACUGAUAUAUUAAAUUCAAAUUCAAAUCCAGAAAUUGCAAGUUGUAUUGAUGAAGAAAUAUUAUCAAAUAAUUGUCAUGAUAAUAAUAAUUAUAUUGUUAAACAAAAUGUUGAUAUUUCUGAAGAAAUACUCUGCAAAGAAUUGCAUAAUUUAAUUGAGACUGAAGCUGCUGCUGCUGCUAAAGAUGCUAAUAAUGCUAAUAAUGCUAAUAAUAAUGAUAAUGAUGAUGAAGAAAAAAAUGAUUUAAAUAAAGUUUAAAUUAAAAAAUUAUUCAUCAAGUCACAAUAAAGUACAAUUUUUAUUUAUUUAUUUAUUUAUAACUUAAUUGUCAUGUUGAUGCUUCAGUACUCAUUGUAAAUAAAUAAUAAAAAAAUCAACAAGAUGUGAUUUUACAAAAAUUAAUUAAAAGGAUUAAAUGCUCCUUUUAAAUUAAAAUUUAAAGACUAAAAAAAAAAAGCUGCCUGAUAAAAAUAAUAAUCACAAUAUUGAUGAAAUAUAUUUUGACAUUUUAAUUGCUCAGCUUGAAUAAAUAAACCAAAUCGAAAAAUGAGUAUGAAAAAUACGCGAAAUAAAGUUUUUCGAAUUCAAUUUUUUAAAAUUUAGUUGAAAAUAAAAAUAACAAAAAAUCUAUAGUGAGAUUUAGAGUUUUAUAAAAAAGUGUAGUUUCUUUUUUUUUCCAAGAGUGUUUUUAACGUAGUAUUAUAGUUGAUAUGAAAAAAUUUUUAAACUAAAAAUUCAUAAAAUAUUAUACAAUGUUUGCUUGAAUUAUACUAAAAUUGCUUAAUGAAAAUUUGAAAAUCUUUACUAUAUAAUUGUCAAUGUAGCUUACACUCUCAGUAUUCCAUUAUCAUUAAUUAGUAAUUAUUAAUUUAUUUAUCUUAAUAUCCCUAAUCAAGUUUUAAUAAUUAUUUAUAGAAAAAAAAAAACCAUAAUUAUCUCGAUGGAUUUAAUUGUAACAACUCAAAUUCAUUUAUAAACAAAAAAAUUGUGAGACCAAAUAAAACCUUUUUUUCAAUUCAAUGAUUUAUUUGAAAUAUUAUUUUAUUUUUUAUUAAAAAUAAUUGUGUCAAUGCACGUGA